CGCUCUCUCAGCACUCUCCUCUACGGCCAGGGCUCCGGGGUGGGGGAACAGAGCGCCGGCUUCUUCCGCACAGAAGCCCGCACGGUGGGUUUGGACCCUGCCCAGGGGAAGGGCUGAGACCCAAGCAGCCAGACCCCAGACCCCUGACUUCAACUCCGCACACCAGGUGGCUGCUCCUCCACACUUGAUCCAUUGGUUUCGGCUCUCUCUGCUCUCUCUGAUCUCUCUGAUUCCUUCUCUCUCUCUCUCACUCUCUCUCUCUUUUUCUCCUCUCUCCUCCCUCCCUCCCUUCUCCCUCCCUCCUUCUCUGUCCCUGCGUCUCCUCCAACAUGUCCACGGGGUCCCUCAGCGAUGUGGAGGACCUUCAGGAGGUGGAGAUGCUGGCGUGUGACGGGAUGAAAGUGGACUCAAGCAAGGAGGGUGCGACUUCCAACGAGAGUACCGAGGAGGGCUCCAACUGCGAGAACGGGUCUCCGCAGAAGGGCCGCGGCGGCCUGGGCAAGAGGAGGAAGGCGCCCACUAAAAAGAGCCCCCUGAGCGGGGUCAGCCAGGAGGGGAAGCAGGUCCAGCGCAACGCGGCCAACGCGCGCGAGCGGGCCCGCAUGCGGGUGCUGAGCAAGGCCUUCUCCAGGCUCAAGACCACUCUGCCCUGGGUGCCCCCGGACACCAAGCUCUCCAAGCUGGACACGCUCCGCCUGGCGUCCAGCUACAUCGCCCACUUGAGGCAGAUCCUGGCUAACGACAAGUACGAGAACGGUUACAUUCACCCCAUCAACCUGACCUGGCCUUUCACCGUAGCUGGGAAACCCGAGAGCGACCUGAAAGAAGUGGUGACGGCCAGCCGCUUGUGUGGAACCACGGUAUCCUGACCUUGGAGGUGCGAGUCUGGGGAAGGCUCGCUCCCCGGGGGGGGGGAGCGGGCCCCAGGAAGGCGCCCCCCGCCCUCCCUCGCUCUCUUCUCAACCCCCCUCGCGCAGCGCCCCUCUCCCAUCCCUCCCUGCGAGAACACUUUAGAGCAACGACGAGAUUCGUUUCCAAACAGAGGACAUCGAUUGUACUUACAGAUUCCCCCAUCUAUUUAACUUUAUUAACUUCUACCGUGAAUGACUUCUGUGAGCCUUGCUGGUCCAAGAGCAAUAUGUAAUUAUAUAUAAAUCUAUAGAAACAGAUUGAUAAGAGCCUAUCGACGACGUGUAUCUUUUUGUAUAAUAUGUUGUGAGAUGUAAUCAUAGGAUAGCUGACUUUGACAGUCACAUUUAUAAAGUAAUUCACCCAAAGAUAUAUAUUUUUUUCCAAGCAAGUUUUGCUACUUUUGAAAAUAAAUCUUUCUUUAUAUUGCUAAA